GAACGCAAUCGACGUCACUGGGAUGAGGCGUUAAUUGCGUGUGUGGCAUUGGAUUAAUCCAAGGCCUUCUUCUGACCAUCCUCUGCCGCUGUACUCUACGGGACCAUGUUAUUGCCUCGUUUUCAAAUACUGUUCUUCCUUUUCAUUCCAGUCGCUCUAGGAAAUCUCGUCGACGACCUUCUUGAUGCACUAGAACAGGCUUCCACGUGUGCGGGGUGCCAUGCACUCAUGGCACCACUCAAGCUACUGGCUGACUUCGGAGACGGCGUCUUCGUGGAUACCUUCACAGACAUAUGCACAUUGCUGCUUAUAGCAGAUAACGAUGUAUGUGAAGGACUCAUCAAUCAGCAAGGCCCUAUCGUAGCCCACGCUUUGAGAGCCAUAUCUGCAACGUCCCAGACCUCAACUAAACUAUGCAGCCUCGUGGGGCUCUGUGAUCCCCCAGACAUUAACGCUUAUAGCGUAUCCUUCGUAUCAAACACAUCUAGCGCCAAGCCGACAACUUCACAAGGACGCGCCCCCUUCAGGGUCGCCCAUAUCAGUGACGUUCACAUCGAUAGAUCAUACACGGUUGGUGCCGACGCUAAUUGCACGAAGCCCAUAUGCUGUAGAAACUACGCAGACUCUGCGGGUGACUCGAUUGAAAGACCUGCGGGUCCCUUUGGCGAAUACGGAUGUGACACUCCCGCGACCUUGAUACACUCUCUGAUAUCACAGAUUGCUGGAUCCGGCAGUGAAUUUACUAUCUUUACAGGAGACGUCGUUGAGGCCGCCGUUUGGCUGGUAACUGAGGAGGAAAAUAUCAACGACAUCGACAUAUUCAACGAUGAGCUUUCAAAUGGCUUGGGUAUGCCCGUAUACCCUGUCAUUGGAAAUCAUGAAGCCGCUCCCGUGAACAGUUUUCCCAGGAACACCUCUAUAAAUAUCGAAGAAUGGGACGCCCAAUGGGUCUUUGAUACUACCAGCGCGAAAUGGACUUCAUGGAUAAAUUCGACGGCGUCCGAUCAAGUUAGGCACUACUCAGGCAGCUAUUCAAUAAUUGUACCGGGAAAAAAUCUACGUAUCAUAUCUAUCAAUACUGUCUACUGGUAUAGAUUAAACUUCUGGCUAUAUGAUACCAAUGAGCAACAACCCGACCCGAACGGAAUCUUAGAGUUCACUACACGAGAGUUACAGGCAGCGGAGGACGCCGGACAACGAGCAUGGAUCAUUGCGCACAUGCCUCCUGGAGAGACUGAUACCCUGCGCGAUCAGUCCAACUAUUAUGAUCAGAUUGUCCAGCGGUACAAGGAUACCAUCGCAGCUCAGUUCUUCGGACAUACGCAUGAUGACCAAUUUGAGAUCGCCUACUCCGACUAUGACAAUCGAGUCGCUGACAACGCUGUCAGUGUUGCAUGGAUCGUGCCUUCGGUGACCCCGAGAGAGGCAAACGCUGCUUUCAAGAUCUAUGACAUAGACCCAGACACGUAUGAAGUCAUGGACGCGCAUGUCUAUAUCACCAAUCUUAGCGACCCAACGUUUGAGAUCCAGCCAACCUGGAACCUUUACUACAGCGCUCGUGAGACCUUCGGUCCCUUGGUUGCCGACCUCGCCGACACAGAUUCCCUUGGUCCAUCAUUCUGGCACCAGGUUACUGAAGGAUUUGAGUCGAAUGAUACAGCGUUUGAUCUCUACUACUCCUUCAAAACUCGGGGCUAUGAUGUAGAGGCUUGUGAUGAUGACUGCAAGACAGAGACCAUCUGUGGGCUGAGGGCUAUGCGAUCGCAGGAUAACUGUGUCAAAACCGAACCUGGGCUGAGCUUCAAGAGAGGCCUCCCGGGCCAAUCAAUGGGGACUUCGGAGAGCUGUGAAGGCUUCAGCAUGGGAAACAUUUUGUCCGGAAUGGUUGGAAAAUUUGCAAAUGGGGAGGUGACGGACGAUCAACGAUCUCAAUUGUGGCUAAAGCUUAACGCGACGAUACCUGCUUGACUAGACAGGAUCUACGUAAGGUAUUAAUAUUUAAUUCAUGCCAGCAUAAGCAAUCAUAUACAUUCUUGAUUCGAAUCACGUCUGUCUCGUGUCUAACUAUAUCGAUGGUCCGCAGAGGAUGUGGACGAAU